GCAGGGUCCUCUGUGGAUCCUGCAGGAGCCUGAGCUCUUCCUGCGGACAGCCAGCCGUCAGUCCGUCCCACUGAGCUGUGUUGCUGUCAGUGUCCCCUGGUGGAGCUGUUGUUGCUGCUGCUGCUGCUGCUGCUGCUGCUGGUGCUGAGCAUGUGCUCGGCUGCUCCACAGGACAGGAGCGACGCUUCCCAUCAACACACAGGUUGAGGACAUGGAUUGCUGAGCGUGAGGCAGAGCGCUGUCACCAAGCUGUUAUUCUUCCCUGCAUCAUGGAGGCUCCGCCUGGUGCAUCAUGGGAGCUCAUCAACGGUGUGACAGAUAGAAUAUAUGAGGGCUGAGAGGUCGUCAUGGAGACUGACAGCUACACCUCAGGCCCUGCCACCACUGACUGGGCUGGGACGGUGGCCGGCCUGGAGGGAAUGGGAGUCCUUCAGGAGCAGGGAGGAGGGGGCUCGCCCAGCAGCUUGGCGUCCUGGUACGAGCCGUACUCGCUGGGCUUCCAGGUGUCGCUCACCGCCUUCCUCAUGCUGGAGCUGGUAUUGGGUUUCAGCAGCAACCUGACAGUGCUGGUGCUCUACUGCUCUCAAUCCAAUUUGGUGGACUCUGUGAGCAAUAUGGUGACUGUCAAUCUGCAUGUGCUGGAUGUGGCGGUGUGCGUGCUGUGUCUGCCCCUCACACUGGUGGUUGUGCUGCUGCCCCCGGGACCAAACCUGGCCCUGCUCUGCUGCUUCCAUGAGGCCUGCGUCACCUUUGCCAGCAUAGCCACAGCCAUCAACAUCCUGGUUAUCAGCUUGGACCGAUACGACAUUUCAGUACGGCCGGCCAACAGGCUGUUGACCACACGUAGGGCGACGCUGCUCCUGGCUGCCGUUUGGGUCACCUCGGUAGCUGUGUUCUUUAUCCCAUUCUUGGAGGUGCAGUGGUCCAGUGCAGAAGAAGCAGAGGAGAGAGGGCAGGUGACACCCUUGUCCUUACAUGGUGUCAGUGCCACAGUGGCGCCAGCAUGGCGUAACCAGACAUUGCUGUGUGUUGGCGGGCAGGGCUUCGACACAGGCCUGGGCAUGCGCUACCAUCUUGUCCUGCAGGUACCCAUCUUCUUCACCACAGUGGCAGUGAUGCUGUUCACGUACUCCAGAAUACUGAGAGCUUUAAACAUCCGCAUCGGCUCCCACAUGAAAAAGGGCCAGAGGUUCAGGGGGCACCAUAAGAGACAGAAAAAAAAGAAGACGGGGCUUAGAACGAAUGAUGGAGGGGAGGUCGGAGGGGAGCAGUGCACCACAGAUGGUACCAAACAGCUCAGCCACCCUCCCCUCAUCCCCUCCCCCUCCCCGACCCCUACAGCUACCUCCCCCCCUGCCCUGUCCUCUUCUGCUCCACUCGUCAUCCCUGACACAGGUGCUGCGACCGCCAUGCCCGCCACCAUGGGUGUCCAAGCCUCCGUGUCUGCAAUUAUUGCCCUGAGGCGGGCAGUGCGGCGACACCGGGAUCGUCGAGAGCGACAGAGGCGGGUGUUCAGGAUGUCCCUAAUCAUUAUCACCACCUUCCUGGGCUGUUGGGCUCCCCUUUCUGUGACCAAUGUGCUAAUCCUAGGCAUAGGCCCCAGUGACGCCCUGGUUAGCCUACGCCUCUGGUUCUUAGCCCUGGCCUAUGGCACCACUGUCUCCCACCCUCUGCUCUACGCUUUCACCAGACAGAAGCUGCGCCGUGCUCUCCGUGCUAAGGUAAAGAAGAGGGUGGUGUCCCUGCUCCAGGUAGACCCUUCACCAGGGGGCACCGUCAUACACAACUCCUGGGUGGAGAACAGAAAAACCAGCCGGCAGGUGCGGCUGGAAGCAAGCGAAGGUACUGACCGCUGCCUGGCAGAAGUCCUGUGAGACUGACACACUUGGGCCGGGCUAUAAUUAAAAAACAGAAUGAGUCACAGGUGUGUUUCAUUAUGAAACUCACCGGUGUGUGAAGCCAGUGUAAGAUAUGUGAAAAACACAUUUCCACCUCUGGGAGAUGUUUUAAUGUAACCACCAGCAGCAAGCCCGUGCGAAACACAGCGCUAACGUUCACCUCAGGCAGCAGUGAGAGCAGGAUGUUGUCAUCACUGUGGUGCACACAGCCUCUGCAGCUGAAACAAAUCACAACAACAAACACACAAGUGUAUAUAAUUUGCACUCUGUCAGAUACUGAAGUCUGUUUACAUACUGUAUAAUAGAGCGCUCUCAUAGUGGUGCUUACCUAACUGCUCCAAAGAAUGUGUUUAGCCAGCAGAUGAUCUGAUCUGCCACCCACUCAAAUGCUCCGAGGCAGCUUUAAAGGAAAAAUGUUGAUACACUUUGAACAAAUGAACACUUAAAAAAUCUAUUUAAAUGUACUUAAUAUUGUUUCUGCCUUAAUUCUGCUCUGAUGGUAUGAGGUGUAAAAAGGGGUGUGUGUGUUGGAUAUUUACAAUCAGCACACAGUGAUGAUAUGCUGAAGAUGAGAUGUAAAUGUGUUAGCGUUUAAGAGUCAGAGAACAAUUAAAGGCUAUUGUGAAAUUUUAAAUGCAGUUUUGCUUUAGCUUCAGUCAUUAUUAAACAGUCAAUGUUUAGUGUCUUGUGAUGCUCUUUCAGAUAAAUGCAGCUCUUUUUCUCCCAAAUUUGUAUCAAACGAUGUGAUGUCUCAUUGAUUUUUUUGCAUAUAAUGAUUGGAGAAGCUGAGAUUAUUGAUUAAAGUCUUGAUUAACGUUGAGGGAAAUAGACUCAUUGGCAUUUUUUUUUUUUUAUUGGAAAGAAUUAGAUGAGAAGACUGAUACCACUCUCAUGUGUGCUGGCUACACAAGCAGCAACCUCCUGGGCUAAAAGAUGAAGCCAAUGCAGAGGCUCCAGAGACUGCAGUUCCUCGAAUUGCCAUGUGAGGCUGGAAUGAAAUGCCCAACUUUAUAACAGAAAUAAACAUAUUUACAGCCUGUUACAAAAAAUGGUUUUAGUCUCUAUAGUUAAUUUCAACAUUAAUGACAACUGUAUUUUUAUAUAACUCACCUGCUUACAUUUUGUUAUGGCCCAAAUUUACACAAUGGCGGGCUGCUUGAGUGACCUGGGCUUUCUGCAGGGUGUCGCUACAGUCAGAUCCACCCCUCACUUCUCCACGGAGCCACCCACUUGUCCAAAUAUGGUCACUUCUGCCUCCAAAAAGUCAAGAUAACAUUCAAGAUUCAAGGCUUCAAAAUCUGGAGUCCACAAACCAAUGUGUGACGUCAUGGUAGCUACGUCCAUGAUUUUAUACAGGCGUACAUUGAAUAUGACGCUAUAGCCAAGUUAGUUAGCUUAGCUUAGCACAAAGAGUGGAAACAGAGGGAAACAGCUUGCUCUAUUCUGUGCAAAAUAGAUGAAUAAAUAAAUAAAUAUCCCUACACCUCCAUUUUUUACACUUUGAAAUGUGAUAUAACAUGUUACCUUCAGACACAGUCAGACUAGUUAUUUCCCCAUGUUUCAAUCAGGCCUCCAUGAAGUGCUCAGACCUUGAAGCUAGUUUUCAUAGUGGCCAUGCAGUGGAAUUAUAACUUCCAGUUCCUUUGGCCCAAAAAUUUGGAAGCAUUUGGAAGGUCUAGAAGCAAGAUAAAAUUAUUUAAUCCCCAUUCAAGUUGUUGCACUAAACCGGAGGCAGCAAGUUCAGCUGACAGAAGUCGCUAGUUUGCCUGCUCCAUGAGCCCAACGAUGACACAGCGCUUUGUUUUUUGGAUUUUGGCUUCAUGCACCACUGAGCAACUUUCAUAGGAAUGAACAGGUCCCGUCUCCAACGCUGUAUCCAGUUCUCUUUAUACAUCCAUGAUUUCAACUCUUUGUGCUAAGCUAGCUAACCAGCUGAUGACUGUAACUUUAUAUUUAGCAUACCGACAUGAGAAUGCUAUCAAAAUUCUCAUCUAACUCUCAGCAAGAAAGCAAAUAAGCUUCUCUUACAAAAUGUCUAACAACAUCUAACUAGUCCUUUUAAACAGUGGAGAUUUAUUUUUAUGAUAUAUUCACGUUGACAGAACUAUGGAUAAAGUUAACUGGCUGUGCUAAAGAAGCUAGUUGUGAUAACACUGUAAGAUAUAAAAUGUACAGGUGACGUACAAAAUAACCUUUUGGUAUAAUGCAGUUCAGAACAUCAGCAAAAACUACAAUCUCAAAAAUAGCUGGGUGGAAUCAAUACCCCUGUGACACAAAAACUAAAUACUUACUGCCUUAAGAAAACAGCUGGGGAGACUGGGAGCAAUUAUAACUUUUCAAAUUGCUCCAAUCAGAAAUGAGACAACUCUGAGCUGUGGUAACACGCACAUUUUACAAUUAAAACUGUGGUGAUCCCUCUCUGCCUGCCAAUGGAAAAACUGAUGUCUCAUACUUCAUACAAUUAAUUAUGCUGUUUUGAUUAAACUGGAAUUAUUUGUUCAGUGGAUAUUAUUGCCCCCAGUCUCCCCUAUUCAUUGUAAGUCUCUUGUUUUUGGACUGCAUUAUAUUUGCUGUGGUUCAUAUUGAGGUUUUGGCAUGCUACAAGCAUGCAGUUCUCUGUUGAAAUGACACCCAUGUACAUGUUGUAAAUACUGACCAGACUGAAAUUUAUUCCAUGUGAAAUCUGCAGUACAAGUCACUUGGUCUGUACGUGAUUAGACUGACUUUUCUAGAUUUAGAGGAGUGUUUCAGUUGCAGCUGGCUUGUCCAGACAUGUGGUCCCUUGAGUCAACUCAAACGUAGUGUCCAGCACACACAAGAGAGUAACUGUCACACAGCCGAGCACUGACAGAUUGUGGGAUUAUUAAUAAGACUAGUGUUUCCUGUUGACUUUGUUCUACAUGCUUGUGUGUUCACUGCGCUGAUGCUGUUCUCACACUGGGGCUCAUUUCAGAGGCCGUGUGAUCUCUCUGUCUUGCACACACACUUACACACACAUGCAAUUGAUGCAUUCUUAAAUGAAAACACACUGAAAAGAUAUAUAUUAUACUGUAUGUACACCAAAAAUAUGCUAUAUUUAUAGGUUUUCUUCAUGGUGUUGUUUUUACGUGAAUGUAUCACCAUGCAAUGUUGAAUUAUAUCAAUAAAUAUGAAAU